AUGAGACAGAUGGUUCAGUCUCACAAUGUUGGUUUAUUUAGUCUCCUUAAAACCAAGGUGAAGGCAUCAAAGAUGGGCAACCUAUAUCUCUCAGUUUGUCCUAAUUGGUGUUUCACCUCUAACCUUACUUGUCACAAGAAUGGUAGGAUUGUGCUGGCUUGGGAUCCCCCUCUUUUCACUGUGAAUGUCAUCUCCAUGCUAAGUCAGGUUAUUCAUUGUUUCAUUACUCCUAGGAGUGCCAGAACUGAUUUCUUUUGCUCAUUUAUUUAUGGUCUAAACACCCCUCCUGAGAGAGAGGAACUUUGGGCCAGUUUGACUGCUUUUGCUUCUAGAUGCAGUACAACUUGGUUAAUAAUGGGGGAUUUUAAUGCCAUUAUGAAGAUGGAUGAUAGAAUUGGCUCCCCUGUAAGAUUACAUGAUAUUUGGCCUAUGAAGCAGUGUAUGGAUUCUUGUCAGCUUACUGAGGUCAAGACAGUAGGUAGACACUUUACUUGGAACAACAAACAAGAUGGGGAAGCAAGGGUGUUUACAAGGAUUGAUAGAGUUAUGUCUAACUCCAAGUGGGAUGAUAGCUUCCCUUCUACUGAAGCCAUGAUUCUGCCUGAAGGAACUUAUGAUCAUAGCCCUAUGGUUUUGCAUACUACAAGUCACAACUCUCAGAAAAGACCCUUCAGAUUUUUCAACAUGUGGACCUCUUCUGUUGAGUUCAUCCCUAUUGUUGAAAGACACUGGCAGAAGUAUGUCUAUGGUUGUUGUAUGUUCAGAGUUACUCAGAAGCUUAAGUGGAUAAAAAGUGACCUCAGAUCCUUGAACAAAAAAGGGUACAAUAAUGUGGAAGCUCUGAAGCUUGCUAGACAAAGUGAUUUGUUGGAUGUUCAUAAUAAAUUGCAUACUGAUCCCCCUAAUGUUGCCUUCAUUUCUGAAGAAAAAGCCACUGUAGAGGCUUAUAGAGUGGCCAAUGAUAAUUUUCUUUCUUUCCUUCACCAAACAGCCAAGAAUGCUGUUGGUGAAUGGGUUACCACUCAUGAACAAGUUCAAGAAGCUUUCCUCACUUUCUACAACUGCCUUUUCUGCUCCCAGGUGGACAAUAGAACCAGUAUUGACCCCAUCAUUACGGAUAGGGGGCCCAAAUUAACUGAUACUCACAAAGAAAUGUUACAAUGUGACUUCAGUGUCUUUGAUGUUAAGAAUGUAUUGGAUGCUAUUCCUAGUAGCAAAGCACCUUGUCUAGAUGGGUAUAAUAGCCAUUUUUUCAAAGUUGCUUGGGAUACCAUCAAGCACGACUUCCAUGCAGCUAUUACUGAAUUUUUCAGAACAGGAGUUGUAUUACCUGAUAUCAUCUCCCAGAAUCAGGGAGCUUUUGUUGAUGGAAGAUCAAUUAUGCAUAAUAUUCUCAUUUUCCAAGACAUCAUCAAAAUGUACAAAAGAAGUCAGAUUCAACCCAAUUGCUUUCUGAAGCUAGAUCACCAAAAAGCGUAUGACACUGUGGAGUGGGAUUUCAUUCAAGAAGCUAUGCAGUAUCUGGGGUUCCCACCUUCUUUCAUUAACCUGAUAAUGACCUGUUUGACUACCACUCAAUAUUCCAUCAUGACUAAUGGGGUUCCUUCCAAGCUAAUUCACCCAAAAAGAGGAUUGAGACAGGGUGAUCCUCUAUCCCCUUGUUGUUUACUCUUUGUAUGGAGUAUUUCUCCAGAACAAUGA